AUGGCAGACAGCACCGCGACUUCCAACGACUCCGACGCCGCCGCCCAGCGAGCUGCAGAGCAGGCGCGGCUUCGCAAGGAGCGCAGAGAAGCAAAGAUCAAAGCUGGAGGAUCCGCGAGACUGGAGAGAAUCACCGGCGUCGGCGGUCGUGUCACUGGAGACUCACAGCCUACAGCCCCGUCCGCUCCGGCCACCUUAUCGAAGGCGUCUACAUCAGACGAGCACGCCACGGAUCCUGCCGAGGUCGACAUCUCAGAGCACUUCUUCGUCCCGAAAAAGACAUCUCGCAAGCCCCUCGAUGGCGUCUUCUCCCCCAGUCCCGAGCCAUCGCUCUCUGAGGCACAGCUGCGCCAGAUGAUGCUCGGUCUCGAUCGUUCUGAUCAACCCAGUCCCGUUCCCGGCGCGACGGGUCCAGCUCUGCCGCCUGGCAUGGAGGACGACCCCAUCAUGAAGAUGAUGUCCCAGAUGAUGUCCUCGGGCUCGAUACCAGGCUUCGGUGGCGCAGAUGGAGCUUCCAACCCUUUCGCCAACAUGAAUCUUCCACAGCAGCAAGCUGCAGUCCAGCUACCCAAAUCCUCGUCAGUAUCUUUCUGGCGCCUCAUCCAUGCCCUAGUCGCUCUUGGCCUGGGUCUAUUCUUCGUCCUCACGACAAACUUCUCCGGCAGCAAAGUCGAGCGCGAGCGCACCGCCCUGGCAUUCGAGCAAGAGGUGGACGUGGAGGCGGAAAGGCGGAAGAAUUUGUUCUUCUGGACGUUUGCCACUGCCGAGGUCUUGCUGUUAUCGACGAGGAUGUUCCUCGACAAGAGGAGUACUAACGCCACGGGAUUUGUUGCGACCGCUAUUUCGUACCUGCCGCAGCCGUAUCGAGGCUACAUCGAGAUUGGACAGCGGUAUUUCCAAAUCUUCUCCACUGUGAGAACCGAUAUUUUGACGUGUAUCUUUGUGCUUGGAGUUGUUUCUUGGCUA